GUACAACACUUAUCUACUAUAUUAUGGUAUUUGAAAAAUAGGGGCACACUUAAAUAUAAGCAAAUUCUUUGUUUUGUUCGCGCUUGCCAGCGAAUGUCAUAUUUUUUUUGCGACAACGCGUUGUGAAUACCAAUUUGUCGGCGAGCCAGAAAACUGCCAAAGCUGACGUGUAGACUGUAAAGAAAAUUGCAUUUAACAUGAAACAAACAAUAAUAUUGCUUAUGUUGGCCCUUGUGCCCGUUGUACUAUCCAAGAAAUACAAGGACGGAGAUAAACCGGAUUGGGCAAAGAAGGAUAUACGCGAUUACAGCGAAGCGGACUUGGAGCGACUGCUGGACCAGUGGGAUGAAGAUGAGGAGCCGCUUGAGCCCGAUGAGCUGCCUGAACAUUUGCGACCACAGCCUAAGAUAGAUCUUUCCAAUUUGGACAGUAAGAAUCCUGAAGAUCUGCUCAAAGUGUCGAAAAAAGGUCGCACUUUGAUGACAUUUGUGUCGGUCAGCGGAAAUCCGACUCGCGAUGAAGGCGACUCUAUAACGAAACUCUGGCAGACCAGUUUGUGGAAUAAUCAUAUACAGGCUGAACGCUAUAUGGUCGACGAUAAUCGUGCAAUAUUCCUCUUCAAGGAUGGUGCACAGGCCUGGGAGGCAAAAGACUUUCUGGUUGAACAACAGCGCUGCAAGGGUGUUACCAUCGAGAACAAGGAAUAUCCAGGCGAAUAUGCCAGAGACGAACUAUAGUUGUAUUAAUAGAAACUAAGCACUCUUAUCUACAUUCUCAUGUAACGUUUUUAUAAGCGAAAAACAAAAAUGAACAAAUUGAAGUCGGA